AUGCACAAAAAAUGCAUUUUUACUAUUGAUUUUAAAUUUUAUAUAAUCAUCAAAGUUCCAGGUUAUGUUAUAGCCAAAGACAUGACUCAAUGGGAAGCAGUUGAAGAACAAUUAUUGUCAAGUCAAAUUGAUGAUUAUGUUAAUCGUGCUGAACGAUCUCGAUUAUCAUAUAAUCAACAAACGGAUGAAUUUCGUCAAUUAAAUCAUGAUUUUCAAGCCUAUUUAGGCGAUAUACGUACAAUUGAUGAUGAAAAUCAAGAAAAAACAGCUAAAAUUGAACAUCUAAGAAAUGAAUAUAUUUCUACUAUUGAAAAUUUAUUAAGAAAAUUACCUGGUGAUUUUCAUGUUAAUUCAACUAUACUAAAUGAUGCUGUACUCGAUCGUUAUCGACUUAAAUCAAAAGUAAAACGUUUACAAAUGGAAAAAGAUGAAUUCAAAAAACGUAUUGGAUUUUUAGUACAAAAUGAUAAAGAUCAACAAAAAAUGUUAACAAAUUUAGUAAAACAAGAACGUUUUGUUAAACAAGAAUUUUCAAAAUUAAAUGAACAAAUGAAAAGUAUAAUGAUGUAUGUUGAAAAUGAAAAACAACAAAAUAGACAAGCUAUGGAGAAAGUAGACAGUUUAUUAGUUCAAUUAGAAAAAUCAUCCAUUGAUAAAGCUAAAACACAAUAUGAAAUUCAAACAUUAAAAGAAGAAAUAAAAUUAAUGCAAACUGCUAAAGAAUUUUUAAGUGAAGAACGUGAAACUAUAAUCGGUGUUCAAGCUGAAGCAAAUGAAUUUAUGUUAUCAAGAUUAAAUGAUUCUAUAUUACGUAUUCGAGACGAUUUUAGUAUAUUAAAUCAAUCACAAUUAAAACAAUCGGAAAAUGAAUAUAAACAAAUGUUACAAGUUGUUGAAGAGAGUAUAAAUGCCAAUAUUGAUGAUGAUAGUAAUGAUAUUUUAAUGAGUCAACGUCGUCAAUCAGAAUUAGAAGAAUUACAUCAAGAAACAUCACAAGCUCAACAAGAAUUAUUAACAUUAAAUAAUUAUAAUCAAGCAUUAUCAGAUAGAGUUAAUCAAAUGGAAAUGGAUUUAUUAACAGUACAAGAUGAACAUUUAAAAUCUUUACAAGAAAAAGAUUUAGAAGUUGAACGAAAUAAAAAUGAAUUACAACAAUUAUAUGAAAAAUUAAAUAAUUUAGCUGAAUAUGAUAAAAAUUUAAAAUUUGAAUUAACAUUGUAUCGUGGUGUAUUAGAAAGUGAAUAUCGUCGAAGACAACAACCAUCAAAACAACAAACAACAAGAACACGAGUAUCAUUUGGUACAAAUGAUAAUAAUAAUAAUAAUACGACAAAUGAAUCAACACCACCAUUAUUACGACCAACAUCGAUUAGUUCAAAGAGUACAACAGUACCAGUUACUAUUGGAAGUGGAUCAAGUCGUUUGACAAAAAUAACAGAUCAAUUAUCAACAACAGAAUCGCCAACAGGUCAGUAA